GAAAAUGUUCCUAAAGUGGGUUUUGCCUUAUUGGAGCUAUUUAUCCUCUGUGCCCAUUUUGGUCCUGUUUAAUUGUUACACUCUUCCAGCUAGUGCAGAUAAUGCUAGUCAAGCAUAUUAUACAGCCCUCAUAAAUGUGACUGUACUGAGUCCUGAUCGUUCAACACCUACUUUGCUGAUACUUGAGCGUGGGCGCUAUGGACAAGAUUCUCCCAAAGUAGCUGUCAGAGGCCAACUUUUGGCACCUCUGCCAAUCAAUGGAGUUUCAGAUCGUUUAGGCUGUGAUCCACGAACUCGGUUUCCAGUUCCUACAAACAAGCAGUGGGUUGCCCUACUGCAGCGAGGAAAUUGCACCUUUAAACAAAAAAUCCUGCGGGCAGCUUUACAUAAUGCUUCAGCUGUGGUAAUUUACAAUAAUAUGUCAAGUGAGGAGCCUGUCACCAUGACUCAUCCAGGAACUGGAGACAUUGUCACUGUCAUGAUCACAGAAUUGAAGGUUAAGGAGAUUCUGAAUUACUUGGAGAAAAAUAUGUCUGUCAUUAUUGCAAUAGCAGUUGGAACCCGCUAUCCAAACAAAAACUUUAGCCGUGGUUCUCUUGUCUUUGUAUCAAUAUCGUUCAUAGUUUUGAUGAUAAUUUCUUCAGCAUGGUUAAUAUUUUACUUCAUCCAAAAGAUCAGAUAUACAAGUGCACGUGAUCGGAACCAGCGUCGACUUGGAGAUGCAGCAAAAAAAGCUGUUGGUAAAUUGACAACAAGAACAGUGAAGAAAGGGGAUAAGGAAACGGAUCCAGACUUCGAUCAUUGUGCUGUUUGCAUUGAAAGUUACAAGCAGAAUGAUGUUGUCCGCAUUCUUCCAUGCAAACAUGUUUUCCACAAAACCUGUGUGGAUCCAUGGCUCAGUGAACACUGCACUUGUCCUAUGUGUAAACUGAACAUUUUGAAGGCUCUGGGAAUUGUGACAAAUGUGCCAUGUGCUGACAAUAUGGCCUUUGACAUGGAAAGGCUCACCAGAGGCCAACUAGGCAACAGGAGAUCAGUUCUUGGUGACCUUACCAGUGACACCUCACUCACUCUUGAGCCCCUGCGUACUUCUGGAAUAUCACAGUUUCCACAGGAUGGGGAGCUGACUCCAAGAACAGGAGAGAUCAAUAUUGCUGUAACUAGUGGCCACUUCUUUCACCGUAAUUCCCUCUCUCCUCGGAGCCUGGUUUAUGAGAAUGACUUCUCUUCCAUUGAACCUGUCUUGGACAUGUAUGAUGAGAACAAGACCUGAAGGGGAUCUGCAUUCUUAUUGCUUUGCUCUCUUUCCCCUUUCCUUUUCCGUUUCUCAUUCCUAUUGUUGUGUACUCCUUCCAUGGGUGUCCUUUGUCUGAAGAAGAGCUGCCUUUUCCAGAACAUGUGCCUGGCUGCCAGGCUGCAAAGGUGAAGCUCAGCUGAGGCAAUAUCCAAGGAUGACAUCUGUAAACGGAUGAAGCGUGUGCACAAAGUCGGCUGUUGGAGGUUGCCGAGUGACCAAGUUGUCAUUAGCAGUGCCAGCGGGAUGGUGUUGGUAUGCUAGAGGUUUUGCCCUACUCUCAGUUUUAAUUUUGUACAACAGUCACCUCUCUCGAGUAGGCACAUGAUAUUUCUCUUCUUUAAAAAAAAAAAAAAAGUUGCAGUGUUUGCCAGCUUAGUUGCCUGAUGGAGGAGGUGGUAGGCUACAUGCCCAAAGCGCUCCAGUUAUUCUUCAUUCUAACCUUGAUCUUACACUGAACAUCCCCAUUCCAAAGGGAUCUAUGAGAAAUGUAUUAAUGUUCCAGCUUUCCAUUUAACAAGCUGAUGGCAGAACAAGCCAACGUUACAGCAGCAUUACAGCCUGCAAUAUUCGUACAGGAUUUUUCAGGGGUGGGGGAUGAGGGUUCCUACUUCAUUGCUGCGGUUAAAUAUGAACAAAAGCUGCUUAGAAAGAAUGCAAAAAAACAAACAAAAACAGCCAUUUUUACAGCCUUCCUGCUGAAGGAAUCUCAGACUGAUGCUGCUGCUGAAAUUUAUAAAACCAAUAUUUGAUCUUUAGAUGAUUAAGACUUCUUAAGAAGAACCCAGGAAUCAGAAAUAGGUUAUUGCUUGUUUUUUUUAAAAGGUGUGUACUUUUUCACUCGUGAUUUUUAAAAAGCCACUUACGUUGGUGUUACAUACUGAAAGAACUGGAAGCAUCCUUCAUACAUUUUUACCUGAGAUAACUAAUCAUAAAGCAACAAACACUUUUCUGAAGCUACACCUGUUCCAGAGGACAUCAACAGUAUGAAUCCAGUAUGGAGGAAAUGCAGUUGCUACUUUGACAUCCAGAAGCAAAUCCAUAUUUACUAGAAUGGGACAGUGGCUGUAGGAAAUAAACUUUCCAACUGAUGCAAAAAUGGACAGCUAAAAGAACAAAGACUAUAGGGUGUUUUUUUUAAGUAGUUGGCAGUGUUGCUUAAGCAAAAAAUAGCAAUUCAGAACAAAAUUAUGCGAUGGUGCAACCAGAGUAGCUUUUCCUACUGUGGGUGCUGCAUAAAAUGUAACAAUUGAGAAUAGUCGUUCCCCCCCAUUGCAAAUCUGAGCUGCUGUAGAGAUAGAAGUGGUAUGCUUGUAGUGUGGACACUUAAUGCUCUUAUGAAUCUUGAUUGUUGAAGAAAUUGAAAACCAAAAGAAAAGGUAAGGAAUGUUGCGUGGGUGUCUCGUUCCAUUCAGGCAGCUUACAGAUGAAAAAUGUCUUGUUUUUCUCCUGCAGAAGGCGGGCUUUCACAAGAUCUCUCCUGCCCUGAAAUGUGAUGCUGAAAGUUUUAUGCAAAGACUUGAAAUUAGCUCUGUGAAGCUAAGUGUUUCUUCGUUAGCAGGAAUGCCCUUUCUGGGUUGCUGAGAUGGCCAUAUUGUGUGUCUGAUCAUUCUUAACUGGGUGAUACAGAGCUUAGGGACUUAGCACUGGCAGCCGUUUUGUUUGUUAUAUGUGCCAGGUAAGUUUUAAUGUACUCCACUGAACUGUGAGAGAUUCUUUACAAAAUAUAUUUAAAAGCACAGUCUUGAAGUAUUGUGAAUGAAAGUUAGAUGAUUUAGUGGAGAAGAUCAGUAAUACUGAUUACAUGAUUACAAUGAUAUUAUUUAAAUGGACACACAAAGUCUAGCAUUCAUUUUUCCUUUUACAAACUGCCAAUACCAUACACUUCUCUGAUGGCAAGAAAGCAUCUUAUGAAAGAAGUGUAUGUAAAGUGCUCUCGUAUUGCAGAGUUUUUAGUGCAUAGCUAGAAUCUUGAUUAAAAAACGCCUAAAACAGGUUCUGCCCCUGCCCAAUCCCUUUUAUUAACUAUACAUUUGCAAUUAUUCACAUGUAAUAAAUCACAGUAGUUUACCUGAUUUUAAAAUUUUAACUAGCUGAAGUUAAUUUUAAAACUGAACUUUACUGAAUUCUUACAGCCAUAACAUUGAAGUAUUUAAGACUGGGUGUUUGGCAGGAUUUUGUGGAAUGUUCAAAGGUCACUGUGUAGGCCCAUAGCCUGAAAGGCAAUAAAAUAUAUUAACUGGAUAAACUUUUAGAAAAUGCUAAUUGGAAGCAAAAAUACCAAUAAUUCUUUGUGCACAGAGGACCCAUUCCAGAGAAAAUGUAGUUCAAUCAGUGGUUGAUUUCAAUGAGAUUUAAGUGUAAUUAAAUUCCUUUGUAUUUGCAUUUUAACGGGUGAAUGGUAAUAUCAUAGUCAUGUUUUUAACAGAUUCAGGCCACUGUUUUAACCAAAUUUAUACCGUUUUUAGCAAGAUCCAGGCUUCUCCUCCUCCUCCUCCUAACUUAAUGGAUUUUCAAGCUGGAAUCAUUCUACAUAGAUGAAUAAGGCAACUUAUGAUUUAGGGCACUGUUUGCUAGAUAUAAACAAUGUUUGCUCUCCAAAUCAAGGAGAGAUCUAUUGUUUGAACAUAUACAGCUGCUGCUAUAGAGUCAGAUCAUUGCCUCCUCUAGCAUCAUAUUGCCUGCUCUGGCUGCCAGCUGCCCCAAAUCCCAGGCCUGCUGCCCUAAAUGCUUUAAAAUAGAGGCGCUACCAUGGAUGAGUUUGGUAUCUUCUGCAUGCGAAACCUAUGUUUUAUCACUGAGCUGUGCUCUGCCCUCUCUCGUUUCUAGAACAUGAGGCAGGGCAAUCAGAAUUCAGUGAACUACAGCUGGCCACUACACUAAUAUUUCUCUUUGGUAUCUGAGGCAUUGGUGGCAGUGCCUGAAGCUAAGAAAAUAGAGCAAUGAAAGGGAAACAUGGAAGCCUUAAACAAACUGUAGUUACUAUUGAGUUAUCUGUCUGACUCAGAAUGUUGCACCCUACUGCGGCCGUUCAACAUGUCUUGGCUCAUGAAGAACCUUGACAGUUGCCACUGGAGCAUAUUCUGUGUCCUGAUAACUUGGGAAUGGGCAGCAAUCAAGAAAAGCCUUCAAUUGUAGCUUUUCAAAUGUGGCUUUUGUCUGAGCUGUAAAUUGUAGUAUCCCUCUGAACAAUAAAAGCAAACAAACCAGCCCCCAGAAUUCAUAAGAAAGCACCCUUUGGAAAAGCCUAGUGCUGCUUAAACUUCAAUGAUUCCUUAAGUAGAUGUCAUCAAGAUUGGGCCUCCUUCCCCUAUAGAUCUUCCCAAACAUAAAAUAUUUUGCUAUCUUGAGAGAGAAUGCAGUAGGGGGGUGAGCUCUAAUUUAAGUAUUAUGUAUUGCCCUUUAAGAACAAUGGUGGCUUACGUUCAGGGGCAUAUAUUUUAUCUGGACAGUAUCAUUCACUCUUUUAUUUAGCCCAAGAUGGGUUUUUUUUAAAAAAAAAAAAUAAUAAUCAAGAUUUCUGAACACAGGUCAGACCAUGAUGUGAGCACACAUUGAUUCAUUCUCAAGACUAGAAUGUUUGUACAUAAUCAGCUCAAAUUUGGGGUGGGUAGGAUGGGGUUGAGAUGGAUUUGGUCUUGUGAACCUACUAUUUUGCCAUUGACACUGUUGUGAAAAACAGUAUUUUUAAAAUAAAAAGACAACUGGGGAAAUCGGCUUGUACAUAAACACAAGUUUUAAAACUCCCAUCCUGCUUAUAUUUGGCUACACUCCAAGCAAAAAAACAGCUUGCAUAGUUUUUAAAGAUGUUUAUAUUACAUGUGAAAUGGCUGUUCAGUCUUCUCACUUAAAAAGUGCAGCAAAUACUUAGCCCAAUAUAAGAAUUGUGCUAUACAUGUUUUUUUUCUUCAGAGUUUAUCCCAUGUAAGGAAAAAUUGUGAGAAAGUGGCUCUUCCAAAAGGGAUUCUUCAUGUGCCUUGCCAUCCAGCAUUGCACAAGUAUCCCUAGCCAACUACAGAGAUUGGGUCCUGCUCUGCAACUUUCUAGAGAGCAUGCAUUUUAUUAAUAUCUGGGUGUGGCUACUUAUUAUAGGUAACACAAAAACAGGUAAUGCAGGUAUGGGGGUGGGGCAUGUCUGUUUCUAAAUUUAUUACACUCCCAAAGAUUUCAGGCAGUUCAUUUGAAAGAGUAGUUGAUUGCACACAUCCUUGCUCAAUGUUUUUCCCCUAUAUGUGUAUAACUAAUUUACCUAGUUAAUAAUGCAUUUUAGCAGAUGUAGUACUUAAGACUUAUAUUGUUUUUAUUAUCUAACUCCCUAACUGUCGCUUUGUUCAAGAACUGCACAGGUAUGUAGAGGCUAUACUAUUACAAGUAAACUGUGGCUCAGUGGAUAGAAGCUAUGUCCUCUCCUUUUCCUGUUACUUUUCUGGGGUUUAUUAUUGCAACUGGAGGAAAUUGUAGCAAUGAUAGUCUGUGGUCUGGUUCACACACUUAACAGGCAUUUUCGCAUUGUGGAGCAGACAUGUACUCUUCUCACCCACCGCAUAACACCACGCAUCGCAUAUAGCGAACAGUUCACUAAAAGGCCCAAAUUUCACAACUUGAUUUCACAAGCCAGUUUCACAUGAUUUCCCCUUGCCUCUGCAUGAGACACUUUGUCUCAUCUUAUGUUCAUGGGGCAGGGGUGGGAGGGAGAGGAGGGAUAGUUAUAGGGCAUGUCAAGUCAUAGAAUCAUAGAGUUGGAAGGGACCCUGAGGAUCAUCUAGUCCAACCCCCUGCAAUGCAGGAAUAGGCAGCUGUCCCAGAUGGGGAUCAAACCUGCAACCUUGGCAUUAUCAGCACCACAUAACCAACUGAGCUAUCCAGGCUGAUAUGCACCUUCUUCUCCAGUGUAUUCACAGGAUUGAGGGCUAAUAUAUGAACAAGACCAUUAUCCACAAACUAUUUUUAAAAGGUGUGCGUAUAUUAAAAGCCUGUUUCACUUGUUAAUUCCUAGGAGAUAGGCACGCACAAUGAAUACUAACAGCCCUAAGAAAAUGCGAUUUUUAAAAAUGUGAAUAGGAAUAGGAACCAUACACAUAGAAAUAGACGGUUGCAGUGAGGGCAAAAAUGUGGGUAAAACAGUAACUUUGGACAAAUGGUAUGUUGAUUUAGGAGUGCAAAUACUUUAGUUAGGCAGAAUAGUAACCCAUGGACAUAUCCACCCUACAAAUAAAUGAAAGUCUGUUUUAUACCACUAUUGCCACCUUUGUGCCAGAAAGAGAAGGGUGUAUUCAAUCUAGCCUGGACUAAAAAUAAUAAUUAACUAAUGCAAUCAGCAAAGUGUGUGAGCAUGGAAAAGGAUAGUAAACGUUGAUACCUUCCCACUUUUAAAGAUGAGCAUUUUUAUCCAUUCCUGGACUUUAGACAGCUAGUGUUCUUCCUUCCAUAGGCAAACCACUUUCCCUUGGCAUCUGUGUUUUUAUUGGUUGUCAUAAAGGAAGCUGGUAGGCUUGUUCUGCACAAUUUUAGAGUUGGAAGGUCAUAAGGCAUCUAAUCUAUCUACUCCUGAAUAAGUGUAUUUACAUAUAAACCACAAUUAAAAAUAUUUCUCUAACCUUGUUUAAAAAUGCCCAGUGACAGAGACUCCCUUAGUAACUUGUUCCAUUCAUUGUUGCUUCCUAAUUAUUCCUCCUACUCAAUAAUUUCCCUUGCUCACUUUCUGAUUCAUGUUCCAACUUGUGUGCCACACCCUCCCACACCCAAUAAUACUGUUUUUCACAGUAGUUAUGAGUCCAUCUCUAUCCAGAGGGCAUAUCAACAUAUUUAAAACAUGUAGGCCUAUACAAAGACUCUGUUUUCGCAGCAAGACUGCAUUGAUGUGCCCUAUGUGAAUUUACAGAGAUUAAACAAAGUAACUAAGAAGCAUCUGCAUCAUGGUUCCAUGACGUUCAGUUGUUUACAGUGACAUCUAGUGGGGAAGAAGGAGGUAAAUCAGCUCUCCAGGCAUUCAGCUGAUGUUUAAACAAUGAAAACUCGUUGAGUCCUAUUGUUUGGCCUACAUAGGAAAGAAAAAACAGAUUUAUAGCAACUUUUCAAGCAGACAAUGCUGUAUCCCUCCCUUUUUAACCUUUUCUUCAACUGACGUAUUAUUUGGUGAAAUCAGCAUAUUAUGGAUGGCCUUCUACUAGGUGCUAUUGGGGUAAAUGAAAUAGGCAUAAUCCUUUCUGUACAAAACUUAGCAGCUAACAAGAGAAUAGUUUGGUUUUAUUGUUCCUUUUUCAAGCUGUACUUCGCCUGUAAAACAUUUGCAGUUAGAAGGCUUGUCUACCCUCCUGUCACUCCCAUAUGUGUGGAAAGGGCUUCACACCCUCUUAGAUUGUAUUUAUUUAUUGCAGUUGAUUGGUGCAGUCAAAACUGUAUUAUAGUUGUACUGAAGCAGCACAACUGCACUAAUGGGUAGUGCAAUUGUACCAAGGAUAGCUGCUUCUCUUCAAAACAGUGCCACUUGAACCACACAGCCUGUUUUUGGCAGUGCUCCGUUUGUAAAGCUUAUCCUAGUAUACAGUUGCAGUGAUGGGGGGGGGGAGCUGCACCUCUUGAGUUCCCUUCUAUCACGUGACUAUUUAAAGCAUAAGUUCCCUAAUAUUUCAGCUUAGACUGCAGAGGGAUGACAUCAGUUGAAAUUGACCUGCAGUAAACUAGCAGUAUGUAAACUCAGAUUUUACUGUGUUCUGAAACUGGCACAAUUAGCAGAAUGUACAUGAUGUAUUGCUAUUAGCACACCUGUGCAUUUGCUAUAGGAGGGGCUUAGCUCCCUUUCCUAUCAGUUCAGUAAAAAGAUGAUGAUCUGGUGUGGGAUUCACAUGCACCAGGCGGGAAACAAGUGAGUUUUUGAACAGGAAAUAUCUAGUUCCAUCCAAGCACUAAACAAGCAAGUUAUGUUCAAUGCUUCUGUUUCCUCAUAUAUAAUAUGGUAAUAAUACCUACCUCACAGGAAUAGUGUGAGACUUCAUUCAUUAAUAUUUAUUAAGAAUGGCAAGCUUCUUGCAUGGAUGGUGCUAUGUAAAUGCUUACAUGUUUGUUCGCUUGUUUGCUUAUAUAUCUUCCCAGUUUUCCCUAUAGAUGUCAGGCCCUCUGGGGUGCUGGACCAUGUUGGCUAAAGCGUUGUGAUCUGUUAUUGUAUCUGUACUCUGAUUGUCUGCCUCUCUUUUUAUUAUUUAGUGUUUGUUCACUUAUGCUUGAUGGGCCAUGCUUGUAACUCUCCUAAAUGUUAUUUCUUUUGAUGUAUCCAGACAAUAGAAUACAGUGGAAUGGCAUUUUAAAGGGAUGAUCUGCUGACUCACUAAAUUGGCAUGCUCCCAAUGAGUUCAGAAUGUCUACGCUAGUAUAAAGGGUCAAUGAUUCUCCCGUUAGAAUUGCCAGUCAUGUCAAUGAUGGGAUUUUAGCAAAUGCCAGCUAUUGAAGUUGUGUUCCAUCAAGCACCUAGAUUGCUAAAACCAGGUUCUUAUUAUGUUGAGAUCUGCUCAAAUUAUGGGGGGAAAGAAGAUAGUGGUCCUUUAUAAAACCCACAAGCCUCAACUCCUGAGACUGCCCAAUUUUAGUCAGAUCAUGGGCCCCCUGCACUCUCCCAAAAACAGUAGUGAAGGGGAUCAGGCCCUCUCCGAGCUCCCUGUAAUUUGAACACUUCUGACAAUCCCUGUAAGAGGGUAUAAGAACCUAAAAAACACACACCAGCUAUCACAUUUGUUAACACACUGAUGAGGUUGAUCUGCAUUAACGAAAAGCACAUGUCAAAUAAUUGUCACUCAGCUCUGUAGCUUGGAGAAGAGUUGCCAUUUUUCUAGCAUAUAAUCUAAUCAUUUGGAAUGGCUCUGGCUGCCCCACUUCCAAGGUCAGUGAAGUUUCCUUCAGUUCUGGGAACUGAAGAGAAGAGACACUUGCUAUGUGGUAGUUAGGCUGUGCUGUCUUAGAUAUGAUGGUGGUGGUUAUAAUUAACAGGAGCAUGAUGAAUAACCCUCAUACCUGGGCUUUAUCCACACACUGUAUAUCAAGGAUGGCUAAUCUGUGACUCUCCAAAUAUUGUUGGAAUCCAGCUCCCAUCAGUCUCAGACAGUAUGGCUAAUGGUCAGGGGUAGGUACACCACCUCUGCUGUAUAUGAAGGCUUUGCCAGCUUUUUCUGAAAGAGUUCCUGUGCCUUUCACAGCUGCAUGCCAGGCUAAAAUGCAACUUGUACAACUUCUCUUGGCAUAAAGAUGCAGUCAUUUGGGGGGGGGGGGAGCUGCAGUUGCUAAGUUCCUUCUUGUCAUGCAGCAACUGAAACCACAGGAGCCCAGCCAAGAAAAAGAGGGGGAGGAGAAAAUCUGUGGAUAUUUGGAAAUCAACACUUGUGGGUUUAAGAGGAAAUGCUGCCACCAGAAUUAAACAUUUGACCUGCUUUCCUCUCUUCUCUACAUCUGCACAUUGCUCACUCUGGUGAUUAAAAUUGCUGCACUAAGCCUUAUAUGUUGGGAGAAAAUAACUUUUUCUGAAGUGCACAAAGCUAGCGGUAUCCCAGUUGUUUGGUCAACUUAGCAGCAAAAUAAAUGGAUAUCUGCUAGAUGCCCUUUUUGUGCCACUUAAGGGCUAUGCAUGGAAUCCUUAGGUUUGUGGUUAUCCAUAGAAACUAUUUGUAUGGAUAUUUAGUUAUGCUGAACCAACAGUUUGCAUUUGUAUCAGCACACAGUUCAGUGGAUGUGCUUAAUCAUGAUUUGAGCUCAUGUAACUACAACCAGCAGUCUUGAAUCCAGACUGUUAGCCCAGAUAGAAAAUUUAAGUGGAUAGCUCUGUACAUAAGGCUCAUGUGUCUGCUCAGGAUCCCCAGGUACAGGCCAAGAUUAACUAUGCACAAAAUGCAGUGAGAAUAACUUUUAGCAGGUCUUUUGCAAUGUGAUGAGUGAAUGUGAUUAAACUAUCAAACAGCGUGUAUGUAAAAUACAAUGGCAGGGCCUAUGUAUUUGAAUUCCUCAUUGCCAUAUUGUAAAUUAUACCAGUAUGAACAACAGAGAGCCGAAAAAUACAAACAAGCUACUAGAGGUCUGGCAAAGUGAAAAGGAUUAUUUGCCUUGUUUCUAAUCUAGGCAUGUGCAGGCAGUAUGCCACCCUCUUGACAAUCUAAACUUUAAAAUCUGUGUGAUAAGCUGUAGCUUGGCAGCCACAAAAAUUCUUAGUCUACAUAUUUUGAUGUAAGUAUACUACUAUAUUGUAGCUAUGUGGUAUAUGCUGAUAUGUUAAUAGUGUAUACCUUUAAGUUAGGAUUUGCUAAUGUAAUACAUUUCAAUAAAAAGCUAUUUAAAAACA